AUGAAGUUGACCUGGAGGGAAUGCGCGAAGGAACAGGAAUCCCAGCGGCCGAGUCCUGGCCAAUCGACGGCCGCAGUUCUGCUGGACGGCUUGCCCGUUUGGAGAGCGGUAAAUCACGUGAACUACAGCCGGAACAUCAUUGAUCCGAAGCAAAAAAGAGAGAAUUGGAAGCUGUUGCAGCAAGCAGAAGAAGAGAAGGAAGAAGAGAAGAACAAAAGCAGCGCACCCCCAAUCACACACAAAUUCACCGGGAAAGGAUUAUUGGAACAAAUUGCAGCCAUGGACGGACUCACAGCCGCUGAGCAGCAGGAGCUCCAGAAUCGCAUGGAGAAGAAGCAGAUCAAAGAGUUCAUGGGGGUAAUGCCGUCCACUACCCUUUGA